GGCAAAGCUGUCUUCAGUGGGGAGCAUCUCCGAGGAGGAGACCUGCGAGAAGCUGAAGGGCUUGAUCCAGCGCCAGGUGCAGAUGUGCAAGAGGAACCUGGAGGUGAUGGACUCAGUGCGGCGCGGAGCCCAGCUGGCCAUCGAAGAGUGCCAGUACCAGUUCCGCAACCGCCGCUGGAACUGCUCCACGCUGGACACCCUGCCCGUCUUCGGCAAGGUGGUAACGCAAGGGACACGGGAGGCAGCAUUCGUCUAUGCCAUCUCUUCGGCAGGGGUGGCCUUCGCAGUGACCCGAGCCUGCAGCAGCGGUGAGCUGGACAAGUGUGGAUGUGACCGGACGGUGCAGGGCGGCAGCCCGCAGGGCUUCCAGUGGUCGGGCUGCUCUGACAACAUCGCCUACGGCGUGGCCUUCUCCCAGUCCUUCGUCGACGUCCGCGAGAGGAGCAAAGGGGCUUCUUCCAACAGAGCGUUAAUGAACCUCCACAACAACGAGGCGGGGAGGAAGGCGAUCCUGAACAACAUGCGGGUGGAGUGCAAGUGUCACGGCGUGUCGGGCUCGUGCGAGUUCAAGACGUGCUGGAAAGCCAUGCCGCCCUUCCGCAAAGUGGGCAACGUCCUGAAGGAGAAGUUCGACGGUGCCACGGAGGUCGAGCAGAGCGAGAUCGGAUCCACCAAAGUGCUGGUGCCCAAAAACUCCCAGUUCAAGCCGCACACGGACGAGGACCUCGUCUACCUGGACUCCAGUCCCGACUUCUGUGACCACGACCUCAAGAACGGGGUGCUGGGCACCAGUGGCCGGCAGUGCAACAAGACCUCCAAGGCUAUCGACGGCUGUGAGCUGAUGUGCUGCGGCCGGGGCUUUCACACGGACGAAGUGGAGGUUGUGGAAAGGUGCAGCUGCAAAUUCCACUGGUGCUGCUCCGUCAAGUGCAAACCCUGCCAUCGGGUGGUGGAAAUCCACACGUGCCGGUGAUGCACGGGGAGGAGCGCCCACCCGUCCCCCUCUCUAACUGACCCUGCUUCUCCCUUGCCCCACGGCCAGGACUGAGGAAGGACCCCAGACGCUGCAGGGAGAGAGCAGCUCUUUACAGAGACACAGCCCCAGAGGAAAAACAGAUUUUAAAGAAAAAGAAAUAUUUAAAAUUAAA